GUUCUCAAAGAAAGCGACAGAUAUGUGGAAAUAUGUUGCCAAGGCAUACUCGAACAAAGUAAAUGGCCUUUCGAGAACGAUGGAGAGUUCGCACUGUAACCAACUCCCAAACGCGCGUACCCAUGGCGGUUCUUUAAAUUAUUUAGGAGAUAGCAACUGA